GCCUCGAGCGCUGACGCCUUUCCCUUGAAGGGCGGCGUCCUGGCGUCACUCGGCGUGCGAGCGGGCGGGGCUUCCGCGGCGGCGAAGAUGGCGGAGUUGGACCUGCUGGGCUCGAUCCUGAGCUCCAUGGAGCCGCCCCCGGCGCUCGGGGACCGCGAGGCGCGCCGCGCCAAGGAGCAAACUGCUCGGCUGAAGAAGUUGCAGGAGCAAGAGAAACGCCUGAAAGUCGAGUUCAGGAAACGGAUGGAGAAGGAGGUGUCUGAUUUCAUCCAGGACAGCAACCAAAGCAAGAAGAAGUUCCAGCCCAUGAACAAGAUUGAGCGCAGCAUCCUACACGAUGUGGUGGAAGUGGCAGGCCUUACCUCCUUUUCCUUUGGCGAUGAUGAGGAAUCACGAUACGUCAUGAUUUUUAAGAAGGAAUUUGCCCCAUCAGAUGAAGAGCUGGAGGCCUACCGUCAGGGAGAAGAGUGGGACCCACAGCAGGCUGAGGAGAAGCGCCGGCUCAAGGAGCUGGCUCAGAAGCAGGCUGAAGAAGAGGCGCUGAAAGGUCCAACAGUGGUGAACCCCAACACAGACUUCAAAGACAAAUACAGCCACCUCAUUGGGAAGGUGGCCGCAAAGGACGCUGCCCACACUGUGGAGGCCAACAAGGCCUAUGGCUGUGUUCCCGUUGCCAACAAGAGGGACACGCGCUCCAUUGAGGAGGCCAUGAACGAGAUCCGGGCAAAGAAACGUCUGCGCCGGAGUGAGGAUGAGGGCCCCGCUCCGGCGGCCAAUAGCUCGUAGAAUUGUGGUUGUUGUAGUGAUUGGGCUGGCACUGCCUGACGUCCCCCUCCCUGCUUGAUUAUUUCAGGGACUGCCUCCAGAGCUGCUAUUUUGUGAAACCUGUUUGGGGUGCUUCAGAGCGGAUUAGGAGGAGUGGGAGGGGACGUCACAGGGCAUCCCUACCUCCCAAGAUGUGCCCCCCCCUCCGUUGGCCUUCUGAGAAUUUUAACAGAUAAUCUAGGAUUGCAUUUUAAUACUGGCAGGCGAGGGAGAGCAUUAUUUUAACGUUUUACUGUCUUGGUGAGAAAGGACCAAGAUGGAUGGUCCACCCCAAGCUAGCAAGGUGAGAUAGUCUGUGUGUGUGUGUGCGUAUUUUUUGGAGAAUGUAUUAAGAGAAGAAAUAAUAUAUCCCCUCCCCCAAACAAUUUCUUUUUUGUGCUGCUGUUCAAGUCUCCUCCUCAACUGAAGUUGCUCCUUUUAACCGAUAGAGGAAGUCUUGUAGUGUGCUUUUUCUCACUAGAAAACUUGGUUGUGGUCUUGCAGCCCCACCCCCAACCUUCCCCCAACUCAAACUCCCCUCUUCCUCACCCCACCCCCAAGUUUCCUACCAUGGCAGUACCACUCCUCUCCACAAGGGGGGGUUGUCCACAGAGCUGCAGUAUUGUCUGUGCCCCACCAGGGGGAAGGCCACCUCUCCGUGCUUUUCUGUUGCUUCCCCUUCUCCCCACCAGAGGGAGAAAUUGCUGAGAGCCCUCCUUGCAGUACUGCCUUCUUUGCAGUAGAUGUCGCAGUUGCUCCUCUUCAGUUCCACUUGUUCACCUAUUGCACCCCUAAAUCCUGUUGGGAUUGCCCAGUUGACACACUGCAAAUGAGUUAAGGGAGGGUGUAGGACAAAAAGCCCUCUUUUUCCCCCUAUGGGGUGUAGGUGCUGCAGUUGAGGGCAAGGGGCCUCUUGAAGGAAGAGCUGUAGGGGUCUCUGCUGCACCUGGAAGGAGGGUCCCUUUGUCUGUGGCCAGAUUGGGGCUCUCUCUUUUGGGGUCUGGCAGCACAAGUGUGAAACUCCCACGUUGCUUUUCAUUCCUUUGCUCUCCUCCAGCAUCUUUGCUGGGUCUGGAGUUCUAUUAAGUGUAUAAAUAUAGAGUUGGAUUUUCUCGCCUUGCCGUCCUGCCAUUUGGGGCUCCACUCAGUCUGCCCAGGACUCCAAGGAGCCCAGCUGUAAAUGCUGCAGUGGGAGGUGCAAUUGCUGCUGGGGCAGAGGGGUGUCUGUAUUCCAUUAAAGGCUUGUUUUGAAUGCU